GCUUGACAGCUGUGCCAUUAAAAAUAUUGUGUGCAUUAAUGUAAAAAAUUUUGAAAGAAAAAUUGUAAAUACGGUGUAAUAAAUAACAUACCAACUAUGUUACGACUUUGUUAUCGAAAUGUUGUAUCACAGCGGCAUUGUAAUUUGUCCGCAUUAUCAGACUUCAAAGAAAUUAUAUCCGGCACGAAAAGCAUGACUGGUGCUCAAAAAAUAAUAAGCAGACAUUAUGCAAAGAAUUUAAACGAAGAUAACAAAUUAGAACGAAUAUACUAUGGACCUUUAACGCCACAAAUAAAGGCUGUGAAGAUAUUUUCCCUAUCUUCUAGUGCGGCCGGUCUAGUGGCUCAACCAAUAAUUUUACGAGAAGCGUCUACUAUAGGGAGUACAUCACUACUAAUAGCAAUUUGUUCGGUCGUGGGCUUCUUUACAUUCGUUACUCCUUUACUACUGCAUGUCAUUACAAAAAAAUAUGUGACAGAGGUUUAUUAUAACCCAGAAACAAUGAGUUAUACAGCAGUAACCCUCAAUUUCUUUCUUGUUCCAAAGAAGCUGGAGUUCAAAGCGGAGGAUGUAGUGGUUCCUGAUAUACCUGGCAUGUUCACAACAAUGCAAGCCAAAGGCACAUCUCUAUUUAUUGAGGCGAGACAUUUUAAUGACCCAAUGCAUUAUGCUAAGAUAAUGGGCUAUGAUAAACCUUUAGAUUUCAAACUUGGCAAUUUAGAUGAACCUGAAAGCAGUAAUAAGUAGACA